AAGUGUACGGACUAUUUAGGUGAAGGCUGUAAUGUCUUUUCGGAAACAAGCAGACCUCACAGAGCACGACUCACAUUAACUGCCUUGUCACCUAUUCACCAUUCAUCCUCCAAUUUCCUCUUUCUUCAUAUCAACAAUAUCAGGCAUCCUCUACCAUGGUCGCAACGGCAGACAACUCCGGCUCAUACGAAGCCGUCCCCAAAACCACCCCUCCAAAAUCCUCAACAUGCAAAAUGCUUCAUACUGAGGGCAGUCGCAUCGUCGACCCCUCUGGAAACACCGUCAUCCUCAAGGGCGCUGCCAUCGGCGGUAUGCUUAACAUGGAGAACUUCAUCACCGGCUAUGCAGGCCACGAGCAUCAGCACAGACAACAAAUGGCUGAAGUCAUGGGCGAAGAAAAAGCGAAUUUCUUCUUCGACAGGCUCUUAUACCAUUUCUUCACAGACUCUGAUGCUGCCUACUUUGCGUCGUUGGGUCUGAACUGUAUCCGUAUCCCGUUCAAUUACCGUCAUUUUAUUGAUGAUAUGGAUCCUGAUAACUUGAAGAAAUCUGGUUUCGAUUGGUUAGAUCGCUGUGUGGAUAUUUGCGGAAGACAUAAUCUCUACGCUGUUCUUGACCUCCAUGCCGUUCCUGGUGGUCAGAACCAGGAUUGGCAUAGUGAUUCGGGAUUAUCGCGCGCUACGUUCUGGGACUUCAAGGACCAUCAAGACCGUGCUAUUCAGCUAUGGAAAGCUCUUGCAGCUCAUUACAAGGGAAACCCUGUCAUCGCGGGCUACAACCUCCUCAACGAACCCGCCGACGAAACCAAGACCUCAUCAGGCCACUACGGCGCCAAACUUGUAAAAUGGUACGAACGCACUGAAAAGGAAGUCCGCGCCAUUGACCCUGAUCAUAUGAUCUUCAUUGACGGGAAUACCUACGCAAUGGAUUUCCGCGCCUUUCCCGAAAACCCUCUUCCCAACGCCGUUUACGCCUGUCACGAUUAUAGUUUCUACGGGUUUCCCCUUGGAGAGCAAUACGAGGGUACAGACGAGCAAAACGCCAAGCUUCGAAAGAGCUUUGAGCGAAAAGUGCAGUUCAUGAGGGAGAAAAACGUGCCCAUUUGGAAUGGAGAGUUUGGUCCUGUUUAUCAGAAUGAGCAUAAGGAAGGUGACGAAGCCAUCAAGACCAACGCCAAACGCUUUAAUUUGUUGCAGGAGCAAUUGGCUAUUUACAGAGAAACUGAUGUAAACUGGUCCAUCUGGUUAUACAAAGACGUCGGCUAUCAAGGCAUGGUAUACGUCGAUCCCGAGUCCCCCUACAUGCGUCUCAUCGCGCCCUUCAUCGCCAAGAAACAACGUCUUGGUCUUGAUUUCUGGGGUGUCGUGAACAAAGACGGUGUCAAACACCUCUACGAACCGUUUAUCCAAGGUUUGAAGAACGAAGUGCUGGAGAAGUACAGAGACACAAAGUAUCCCAAGAUCUGGACAUUUGAACGACAGUUUGAACGGGUUAUUAGGGAGUGUUUGAUAAGUGAGUAUGUUGGAUGGGAGUUGGCGGAGUUGUUUAGGGAUAAGAGCAUAGAGGAGUUAGAGGAGCUUGCGAGUAGCUUUUCGUUUGAGAAGUGUAUUAAGAGGGAUACGCUUGUGGGUAUUUUGAGUCAUGAUUCGAUGAUCUCAGCCAGGAAGCAGUAGGAACACUUGGGUAUUGGUAUUGCAUUUUGGCGUUUCUUUGUUUCUAACACGGUUAUAAGGCUCAGUGCA